AUGUCGGGCCGUGGGAAGCAGGGAGGCAAAGUCCGAGCCAAGGCCAAGUCGCGCUCGUCGCGGGCCGGGCUGCAGUUCCCCGUGGGCCGCGUCCACCGCCUCCUCCGGAAAGGUAACUACGCGGAGCGGGUCGGGGCCGGAGCGCCUGUCUAGUCUGCCGUGCUGGAGGCCCUGACGGCCGAGAUCCUGGAUCUGGCGGGCAACGCGGCCCGCGACAACAAGAAGACGCGCAUCAUCCCGCGCCACCUGCAGCUGGCCAUCCGCAACGACGAGGAGCUCAACAAGCUGCUGGGCAAGGUGACCAUCGCGCAGGGCGGCGUGCUGCCCAACAUCCAGGCCGUGCUGCUGCCCAAGAAGACUGAGAGUCAUAAGGCGAAAAGCAAAUAA